CUCGACCGAGUGCAGCCCAAACCCUCCAUCUCAACCUUUCUCUCACUGUUCUGCAGCUUUAUCAAGGCAUCAUGGUGGUCCACAAGGAGUUUACUACAGCUGGGAAGCAGCCUGGUCUGCAGGUGUGGCGUAUCGAGAACAUGGACCUGAAGCCGGUUCCUAAGAACCUGCAUGGAAACUUCUACACCGGAGAUGCCUACCUUCUCCUGUACACCACCUCGGCGCCGUCCUACGCCCUCCACAUGUGGCUGGGAAACGAGUGCUCUCAGGAUGAAAGCGGCUCUGCAGCCAUCUUCGCCACUCAGCUGGACGAUUUCCUGGGUGGGAAACCGGUCCAGUUCCGUGAGGUCCAGAACAACGAGUCUCUCACCUUCCUGGGUUACUUCAAAUCUGGCAUCAAGUACCAGAAAGGCGGUGUGGCGUCUGGCUUCCAACACGUGGUGACCAACGACAUGACCGCCAAGCGUCUGCUGCACGUGAAGGGCAGGAGAGUGAUCCGGGCCACCGAAGUGGACAUGUCCUGGUCCAACUUCAAUAAAGGGGACUGCUUCAUCAUCGACCUGGGAGCGAACAUCUACCAGUGGGCGGGGAGCGAGUGUAACCGCUUCGAGAAGGUGAAGGCGUCUCAGGUGGCCAUCGACAUCCGCGAUAACGAGAGGAACGGCAGAGCCAAGGUCCACAUGGUGGAGGAGGGAGAAGAACCUCAAGAGAUUAUCAACGUUCUCGGACCCAAGCCGAGCAUCGCUCCGGCUACACCUGACGACGAGAAGAUCGAAACUUCCAACAAGAAGAAGGGAGCGCUCUACCUGAUCUCCGACGCCACCAGCUCCAUGAAGACGUCGGUCGUGGCUCAGUCCAGCCCAUUCAAGCAGGACAUGCUUUCACCCAACGACUGCUUCAUCCUGGACAACGGCGUGGACAACAACGUCUUUGUUUGGAAAGGUCCGAACGCCAACGCGGGCGAGCGCAAGGCGGCCAUGAAGGCGGCAGAAGAAUUCAUCAAAUCAAAGAACUACUCCAAUAAAACACAGAUCCAGGUUCUGCCUGCAGGGGGCGAGACGACUCUGUUCAAGCAGUUCUUCUCAAACUGGAGGGAUAAGGACCAGACCACAGGUCCCAGCACACCGUACACUAUCGGCAAAAUCGCGAAGGUGAAGCAGGUCCCAUUCGAUGCCUCCACCCUGCACUCCAACCAGGCCAUGGCUGCUCAGCACAACAUGGUGGAUGACGGAUCUGGGAAAGUUCAGAUCUGGCGUGUGGAGGGCGGUGCGAGAGUGCCAGUGGAUCCCGCUUCCUAUGGUCAGUUCUUUGGAGGAGACUGCUACAUCAUCCUGUACAGCUACAAACAGGGCAGCCGAGAGCAGCACAUCAUCUACACCUGGCAGGGAUUAAAGUGCACUCAGGAUGAGCUGGCUGCUUCUGCCUUCCUCACGGUACAGCUGGACGACUCCAUGGGUGGGGCUCCAGUUCAGGUGCGGGUCUCUCAGAAUCAGGAGCCGCCCCACCUGAUGAGCCUGUUCAAGGGGAAGCCCAUGAUCAUCCACACUGGAGGAACGUCCCGCACAGGAGGGCAGAGCGCGGCUGGCGCCACCCGCCUCUUCCACAUCCGCACCAGCACUGCCAAGGCCACCCGAGCUGUAGAGGUGACUCCGUCUGCCUCCAAUCUGAACACCAACGACGUGUUUGUGCUGAAGUCGCCCGACUCCCUGUUCGUCUGGAGGGGCGUCGGUGCCAGUCAGGAGGAAGCGGGUGCUGCCAAACAUGUCACCGCCUUCCUGGGAGGAAAAGCCACGGAUGUAGCUGAGGGCAAAGAGCCAGCUGGAUUCUGGUCUGCUCUGGGAGGGAAGAAGGACUAUCAGACCUCCAAAACCCUGCAGACGAUGGUCAAACCCCCUCGCCUGUUCGGCUGCUCCAACAAGACCGGCUGCCUUUCGGUCGAGGAGGUUCCAGGCGAGUUCAGUCAGUCGGAUCUGGCCACCGAUGACGUCAUGUUGCUAGAUACCUGGGAUCAGAUCUUAAUUUGGGUUGGCAAGGAUGCCAACGAGGUGGAAAAGACCGGGGCACCAAAAAUAGCUCAAGAGUACGUGAACUCUGACCCGUCCGGGCGGCGUGGUAUUCCUAUCAGCACUAUCAAGCAGGGCGCCGAGCCGCCCACCUUCACCGGAUGGUUCCAGGCGUGGGACGCCCACAUGUGGGACACCGACCCUCUGGACAGGAUCCGCGCAAAAUUUUAAAUCGGAGUCUCCUGAUGGCUGGUUGCACUAAGCGUCUGUCGCACUUACUGCCACUUUUAGAGCUUUAUGUUGUGUGUUGCCAUGUUGUUGAGAAUCCCUUCAGAAAAACGCUGGGAUGUAAAGCCAUUGACAGAUGAAGUAAAAAAAAAAAAUCAAUGCUACUGUUCAAAUUCUCUGUGCCAUUAUAAAAAGGGCUAGUUCGACUGCACUCUUUAGAAAGUACCUGGAACAGGUCGAAAGAUGUAAUUCAAAUAUUACUUAAAAUGAGUCCUGAAUUAGAAGCUGUUGGGACGCGUGACGCUCUUAACAGUCAAGCAAGCUCUAUUUUGCCAUAGACCUGUAUAUUUUUAUUAUGAUUUCAUUUCUAAACGGAGCUAAGAUAUGGAAUAACUACGGUUUGGGAGAAAAUACACAUCUGAAAAUCCUCCCAGCUCUUAAUUGUUUGCCUAUACAUUUACCCAGCGUUCCCUUUCUUCGUCCUUAAUGAGUCCUCGCACCCAUGUCCUCCCAAUUUUCUCCCAAGCUCUUCACGUCCUGUUUUCCUAAACAAAAAAGGAAGAGGGGCGAAUAGGGAGCCAGGGAGUUCCCCGCCCUUCUCCUUAUUGACUACUUGAAGGUGCGGCCUGCACUCGUAAACAAAUAAUAGUUUUUUAAUUAAAUUUUAACAAUGCAAAGAAUUUAGAAAAUGCCAUUUAACAUUUAAAAAAGAACCCUCAAGGUGCCUUCUGUUCCAUCAUGAAGUUGUGAACUAUUGGCUUUGGCUUUAGGAAGGUCUGUGAUUUGAUUGGUCGAGUCAUUGGUGAGGAUUCAUGUCCAGAAAACAUUUUACGAUAUUAAACCAUAAAUCAGACCUACAGAGUUUCCUUUUCUGUUCAUUUGUCUCUACAUCCUGCUAGUUGCUAUCACCUGUGCCUUCUUUUAAGUGCAUAUGGACCUCCUGCCGGACGUUUUGAAACUGUAUGGUGUGGGAGCUUUAAAAUAAUCAUGAUGUAUUUUUGGGUGCAGAUUAGUGUACGUUUUUAUUCUGCUUUAAAUAAAAAUACUUCUGUUAUAAAAAAAAAACAA